AUGUUCACCUCCGAAAAGUGGAACACAAGCAAGUUCACAAAGCAGACGGGAGGUGCACGGAUAGCGAAUAUUAUAUUGUUUCCAUCCUUUUGGAACAGUGUAAACUUUGCGGUGAAAAUUGGGUAUCCAUUGUUAGGAGUGCUUCAUUUAGUUGAUGGAGAGAAAAAGCCUCCUAUGGGUUAUAUUUAUAAUGCUAUGAAAGUGGCAAAGGAGUUGAUUGCUGCCUCUUUCAAAAAUAAAGAAGCAAAGUAUAGGGAGAUUUUCAAAAUAAUUGAUAAAAGGUGGGAUUGUCAGUUACAUCAACCUUUGCAUGCAACGGGAUAUUAUUUUAAUCCUGGUUUGUAUUACAACAAUCCAGAGGUGGAGGAUGCUACUGAGGUGAUAAGUGGGUUACAAGCAUGCAUUACUAAGUUGAUAUUAACCGAAGACGAGCAGAUACAGAUUAACACUGAGCUCCUACUAUAUCGACGUGCUGAUGGGAUUUUUCGGAUAUCCAAUGGCAAAGAAAAUGUGAGCAAAGCUUGCGCCAGCGGAGUGGUGGAUGCAAUAUGGAGCAUCGGCACCGACUCUAAAAAACUUCAUUCCAAAAAGAGAAACCGACUUAAGCAAAGCAAGGUUAAUGAUCUUGUGUACAUUAAGUAUAAUCGGGCUUUAAGAAGAAGGUAUGAUAUGCGUGAUACGAUUGACCUGAUUAUCUUAGAUGAUGGAAAUCUACAAGAUCCAAAUGAGUGGUUGAAGGGAGCUUUAAAGGGGUUAGAAGAGAAUGAAGAAAAUGCCCUUGUUCAUGAGGCUGAAGAUUUGACAUACGGUGAUGUUGCAACGGCUGUCGGGGCGAAUGAGGCGGUUUAUUAUACUAGAAGAAGUGGAAAUACUAGUCAAAGGGAAAGGAGCGAGGGAACCUCAACAUCGAGGUCAAGCUCAAGGCCUAAGCCUAAGAGAAGAACUUUAGUAGAUGAAGAUGAUUUUGAUGUGGAAAUCGAAGAAAAUGAUGUUGCGCCUUAUAAACAUUUAUGCCGCCAUUGGAUGGCGUUGUUGAUGAUGAUGAUGAGCCGGAACAUGAAGAUGUAG